AUGGGGGAAGGGGUCAAGCUUGGGGGGUUUCUGAAGGUUAUCACCAUUCAAAAUGAGGAAUUAAGAGCAUAUUUAUUUCUCCACCUUGUCACGAGGUGCAUAUUGAGUGAAGCAUCUACUCAGCGACUGAAAUUUACAGUUACUGCCCUGGACAAGGAAGGGCACCGGCACGACUUACUGCGCCUUUUGCGUAGGUGCGAUUAUGCAUUGAAUUGCACCCAAGCCUUCCCUGCUUGGUAG